AUGUUCAGCACAUGCUUCCUACCAACAGUGGAUUCAAGUUCUACAGUUCUACUCGCAAAACCUGUCACAGCGGCGGGUAAACUGCCAGUCAUCAACAAGAACACGCCACUUCGUCUCCCACCGGACACGCCCACCAUCCUGCCAAAAACGUUCGAGAGGCCAGCCUCAUCAUCAGCGACAUCAGCGGCGCCACACGAUAAGAGGGACCGACCGAUCGCCUAUGCUUUCACUGGGCAUGGGAACAGCCAUACGAUGCGGACGGCUAACGUUUUUCGCUUCUUCUGUACGCAGUUGAUGUUCAGCACAUGCUUCCUACCAACAGUGGAUUCAAGUUCUACAGUUCUACUCGCAAAACCUGUCAGAGCGGCGGGUAAACUGCCAGUCAUCAACAAGAACACGCCACUUCGUCUCCCACCGGACACGCCCACCAUCCUGCCAAAAACGUUCGAGAGGCCAGCCUCAUCAUCAGCGACAUCAGCGGCGCCACACGAUAAGAGGGACCGACCGAUCGCCUAUGCUUUCACUGGGCAUGGGAACAGCCAUACGAUGCGGACGGCUGACGUUUUUCGCUUCUUCUGUACGCAGGUUAGUAAUAUCGAUUCUUUGUACACUAAAAAAUCAAGCGACGUUUUUCUUUUGGUGUUCCCAUGCCCACGGGAGUUGUUCUCGAUCGUCGGUCAGAGUAUAGAUGUUGUAAAAUUCCUGAUGCUAUGCGGCGACGUUGAGGUAAACCCCGGUCCUGAAACGCGUAACAAACAGCUUGACGACAUGUGCAAACUGCUUCAAGAUGGUCAGUCUAAACUACUAAUGGUUGUAAAUGAAAUCAAAACAAAUCAACAACAGUUGGAAGACAAAAUCACUGACAUCUCUAACCGGCUCCAGAAUGUGGAAACUAAGACUAAUGUUCUUGAUAGACUGGAUUGUGAAGUACGCACUACACAUCAGGUUCUAGAAGAAGUUAAAAAAGAAAAUGCAUUCUUGCGUGCUAGACUUGACGACCUCGAAGAUCGGUCUCGGCGAGACAAUCUAAUCUUUCAUGGUAUAGAUGACUCGCCCUCAGAGACCUGGGCCCAAUCUGAGCAAAAAGUACACUCGCUGCUUUCUAACGUCCCUGAGCUGAGCAUUUCUGAAGAGGGAAUCACUCGUGCGCACCGGCUUGGUACGUUUUCUCGAAACAAGUGUCGACCAGUAAUGGUAAAACUUGUGUCAACCAAAACUAAAGAGAGCAUCCUUUCAGCAAAAGCUAAACUAAAAACAUGGAACGUCUCAGUCAAUGAAGACUUCGCACCAGCCACACGUUAUGCGCGCAAGAAGUUGUUUGACUUCGCAAAAUCUCAGAGUCCCAAUAGUAUAUUUAAGAUAAGGUACAACAGGCUUCACCUAAACAAGAAGUGUUACGCCUACUGCAGUACGAGUGACGAAGUUUAUGAAAUUUCUAGUGCUACCAGUGCUACUGAUAGAGGUGCCGAGUCACUCCAACCGCAACACGUGCAAUCAGCAACGUCAUAACAAUCGUGCACUCUUCCAGUCAAAGAUUCGACGGUGGAAAAUGUUUCUGUUUUCUUUACAAAUAUCCGAAGCGUAAUAAAGAAACGCGAUGAAUUGUGCUCCGCUCUUGAUUCUGCUUCUGCCGACAUCAUUGUGUUGACCGAGACAUGGCUCUCUAGCAAAAUACGUAACGAUGAACUUUUUUUUUGUGAUAAGCAGUACAAAGUUUAUCGGCAUGAUAGGGAUUCGCGGACGGGCGGAGGCGUGCUGGUUGCAGUUGCUGAUUACAUUGAGUCAUCCCAUAUUAACUUAGCAUCUAGCUUAGAAAUUGUGUGUGUACGUUUCCAACUAAGUCACAGAAACAUUGUUGUCUGUGCAUGUUACCGCCCACCUACCUUUGCUAAGAAUUUUGUGGAGUUAUUACAUGACACACUUAGCGGGAUUGUUUCAAGGUUUCCUAACUCGCA